UUUCUCACUCCUACCGCCAUCUUUUGUCAAUCACAAGAAAAACUGCUGGCUACUGUCCAUCGUGCUAACUGAGUCUGUUUGAAAGAACCAGAAAGUGUUAACAACAGUGCGGCAAAAUGUCGGAUCCAGUUGCACGUCCCAUGAAGUUCCCGUACACCCUCUCGGCGAAGGUGGCCCAGUUCCCCAUCCAGCACUACUUCAAAAACCAGUGGAUCUGGCGCUACUAUUUCAUCGCGUUCGGAGUUUCCAUUCCACUGUUCUACAAGAUUCACAAGCUGGCAAACUCGCCGGCUAACCAAGCCAAAUGGGCCGAAUCGAAGAGGAAGGAGCACGAAGAACACCAUUAAGCCAGCGAGACACAGCAUUCAGCCAUUAUAACAACUAGGUCAACAGUUUUAUCGUCGGCUAGUAAAGUCCUUUCUGCUAUCAACGAAUGUUGCGGUUGCCUCGGGAGCCGGUCGGACUUAGCGAGAUGUUCGUUUCGUUGUGUCCCACCAACAUGAAGAUUGGACAGUAAUAAAUUCUUGUGAAACUAA